AAAAUGUGUACAAUACCGGCGACAGCAGUGUUUAUUAACCACAAUAUGGACAAUCAGCGGCAAUGAAGAAACCUGACCUCCGGAAGACUUGCGCCAGAAUUCAAACCGAAAACUCUUGGACGGGCAAUUCUGGUUCGAGAAAUUUGGUCAACCCGCCCCAAAAUAAGCUACAACCACAAAACCCCAGGAGAAGCCUUCGGGGUUUCGUUUUGCUAGAAAAACUCCAGGCUUUUCCGAACCCUGACGUUAACAUCACUAAGGGUUUCUACGGUUUACUUAUUUUGGAAUUGAUACCGCAUAUUAGUUUUAAAAACUGUAGCGUUAUUAUUUGUCAGAGCGGUAGGAGGGAUACUUGGGAGGGUAAUGUUUGUACAUUUAGUUCGUGAUGUGCUCAGAACGUAAGAUUAUAUCAUAAGUCAAGAAUUAAAAUUUUGAUACUAAUGGUUGAGACGACAAAUUCUUUGGUAAACAUCCGCUUAAACUGUAUAAGUUUACAUUUAAAAAUAGAAACAAGUUGUAAGAGAGCAGUCAGUCAAAACCAGCGGAAAGGUAAAUAUGUAAGUAAUGCCUGUGUAAAUAUUCACGGGUAAAGCUGAAGAUUACUUAGCUAAUUGCUAUUUACUCAACUAAAUACAUACUUAUGUAUGUGCUUAUAAUUAACUGUUUGGCGUAUCAUUGUGUUUAAUUAUUGGUAAGUAAAUGAAAUGAAAGGCACGUGUACAAACAUACCUGAAUUCUACUUUUGUAACCAUAUUUAGUUUUGAUGUUGACAACAGUGCAUUUAGUUAUUCCGCACCCGUUAUCUUCAUGUAUACCGGACAAUUUCUGCCCUUUGUAAUUCAACACUUCAAGUUCGCCAGGCUCGUUGGCAGCAUAGCUUUCAAAUUUGACGCUAAAACUGGGAAAUUUGUUCCAAUCAAAUGCCAAAAGCGAGUACUUGCCUCGCAAAUCCAAUACAUUAUCACAUUAAUGUACGUGGGCUUGCUUUUCCACAGUCUUGGUGGCCUCCCAGUUAUAAAAAUUCUUCAAGGAUUUCCGAUUUUACUUGUAUUCGUGCUGAUGCUGUCUGCAGGAUCCAAUGUGAGCGUGGACAUGGCGCCUGUACAAAUAAUCAACUCGAUCCUCAACUUCGAAAAAAAUCUUCUUAAAGCUGGCGAAAGUGUCGAAACAUUCCUCGAAGCAAAUGUGAUGUACUUCUACCUCUUCUUGGUCAACUUCACCGCAUUCAUCAUGCCUUUCGCUGUGAUCGCCCUGCUGAUAAUGGAACCUUGUACACCGCCCUUCCUGCUCUCGACGAUCCAUUGUACUGAAUUAUCUUGUCGCAAGAUGUCGCCGCCAGCGGAAAUAGUCGUGGUCUUGUUUGAAGCAUGGAUGGCGUUGCAAAUGUCCACAUCUGGAACGACGUGGGGUUUCUGCAUCUUGUUUCCAGGAAUUGUCGCGAUUCUCGACUACUUUCAACUUUUGAAAAGCUUAGUGUAUGAAAUUAAGGGUUAAAAUGCUUAAUGGAUUGGUUUAUGUGGAAAUCAAUCAGACUCAAAGUUUAUUUAUAUCAGGAUUUGUGCAUCCAAGUUCGUAAAUAUAAAUGUCCCUUUUUGUGUGAGCAAUAUUUUUGUUUGCUAAUUGCACUUAAACAAUUUUUUCUAUUAAACAUUUAAAACCACCUUUGUACAUGUGAAUUUUAACAGUAGAAGGGUGGUGAGUCAACCAUAUGAAAAUAACGUACCGUAAAAACUCAAAUAGUAGCCGGGGGCUACUAUUUAAAAAAUUGGUGGCUGGAACCCGGCUACUAUUUGAGCAAGGCUACUAAUUGGGCAGGGUCACUAUUUAUAAAAUGACGGAAAGAUGCCCGGCUACUAUUUGCACACAGCUAUUGAAUUUUGUUUCCAGAAUCAAGCUCAAAUUUAAUUUUAAUCACAACACCAAUUUCUCCCCUAGAAUCGCAGUCUAUGACAAUACUAUUGUUUAAAUCUGCUCUUAAUUAAUUUCUUCGAUGAGCCGAAUCUCGUGUUCACUACGAUUUUUUGUAUGUAAUUGCGAUUAAAUUGAAUUAAAAUUGAAUUAAUUAAAUGACCUGGCUAGGAGAUGUGUGGUUAAGUUGAUGCACAGCUAUAAUUCAAAUAAGGCUACUAUUUGAGUAGGGCUACUAUUUGGG